AUGGCUGACCUCAACGUCAGAGAUGCCAACCUCCCUUCGCCCAGUACCCGGACAAACCGCAAACGAAAUGCCAGCGCAAUGGACCCUGACGAGAACGCACAAGAAAAGCGCAACGUCAAACUGGUGGAAAUUAUGCCAAGCGGUGGUGUUGUCUUCAGAGUUGGGACAGGCGAUGAUGUCCUGGACAUUAGGGUUUCUGGAACGGUCGUCAGUGUCGCUUCAGAGGAGUUUUCGCGGAUGUUGCUAUUUUCACGCAAUGAAGGCAAUACCAAGGUCAUUUGCUUGCCAGAGGAUGACCCAAAGAUCACCCAAAGUCUGCUCGAAAUAUUCCAUCACAAGGGAGACCUCGACCAUCUCGAUGGUGUGCAGUUGAUCAAGUUGACAACUGCUGCAGCCAAGUGGCUGUGCAUUCCAGCACUGAGGCCGUGGAUUCUGAUGAGGCUCGCGAGUGUUAUUGAAACCUUUCACGGGAACUAUCCGCAGUACUGGAAAAAGCGGUCCGUGGCUGAGGACCGGGCUAUGCAGGCUAGGAUGCAGCGGGUGGUGUUUCCUGACGCUGCGAUACUUCUACAUGCUGCCACCGUAUUCCGUCUCGAGAGGUUAUUCUGGCAAAUGACGAGAGUCCUGAUAUAUUCAGGCGCCACAUGUCUUGUGCGGGAUCUCAAGAAAAUGAGCGACUCUGAAAACAUCAGUGCAGUCAUGGGUCUCAUAAAUGCGACCUCGAAGCGCUACAAGUCGAAUUUUUUACUGAUGAUAGUGGAAUGCAUUGGAAGAGAGACAGCCAAAACGGCUCUGACCUAUCAAUUCAACAAGUAUGGGUAUUUGAUGCUUCAGUUGAAGUUUCACGAGCUUACACCCCAUGUGGAGACGACAAAUGUGCAGACGGUGCAUUUGAUGGUGUGCAAGGUGCGAGAGAUGGCUGCAACUCUCAUCAGCAAAAACAUCACCUGGAAGAGUCUUCAAGACGAAGCAUGCGUUGGCGAUUGUGCAUACUGCAAGCGAGACUUCGCCGAAGAGCUGCGGAAGGCGGUCAACGACUUCAUCGGAAACAUGCCGGGCAUCUGCCUCGGAUGUUUUCUGAGCAAACGCGAAGGGUGCCUCAGCACUAGCGAGGAUUGUACUCAAUGUACUGGAACGACCAGAUAG